AUGAAGCGGAGGGGCUACGAGAGCCUUGCUCGUCGCCUGGCCAAGCGGGAAUGCCACGGAGCACCGCCAGGAGCUGUGGCGCCGCAGAGCCGGCGGCUGUACGAGAGCGUGGUUCCCGACACAGCGGUGCCGGGAGUGGUGCCGCCACCAAACACAGUCCUCUACUGCUUCACACCUUGCGGCCACUUCCUGGUUGCUUUCCAGCCCGUCUCCAACGAGGUGGUGGCAUUCCGCUUCAAGGGCCUCAACAUGGGGAUCAGCGCCAGUGCUCCCCAGCCGACCACCGUCGGCGGCGGCGGCCUCCGGGAUGCACCAGCCAGAGCAGCGGGCGCAGAUGCAGCCCGCGCGGCUGGCCAGCCACAGCCAGCAGACAGCUCGCACUCUGCGGCUGAUCAGCCGGCACAGGCGCCUGCGCAGCAGGAGAAGCGGGAGCAGCGGCGCGAGGUGGCGUUUGGCGACGUGUUUGAGGAGCACUGGCGGUGCUGCCCCUGCCCGGGGCGGCGGGAGCACAUUUGCACAGACUUUUGCAUGGUUGUGCACGGCCGCUUCCUCAUGGUCGCCACCUCCUCCCCUGAGCGCCAGCCGCCCGCGAGUGCCCAGGGAGCCGCGCAGCUGGUGCCGGCUGUGGAUGCAACCACUUUCCACCUGGUGGGCCUUGAGAGCGGCAGCCUGCUGGACAGCCACACCAUCCACUCGGAUUACGUGGAGCUGGCGCGGAACCAGGGGGCCCACCUGCGUGGCCACCUGCUGCUGGUGCUGGGGCUGGCCAGCCAGACGCUGUACGUGCUGCAGCUGCUGCCGGCGGGGCGAUUCCUGUACCUGCACGCCGUGGGGCAGCACUGCAGGGAAGACGACGCUUGGGUGAUUGCGCAGCAGGAGGAGCGCGAGCGGCGGUUGCGCCAGCAGCAGCGCUGGCGCCCGCCGCCCGCCGUGCACAGCACGCUAGCCGCCGUCAGCUCCUUCUCGUCCUUAGGGGCGGCUGUCUCUGGCGGGGCGGGCUCCGCGGCAGCUUGGCCGUCCCCCUCCCAGCAACCACGGUGGCAGCCCAGCGCUCCCGUGGCAGCACCGGGCGCGAGGCCAGCACCGGCAGCAGCAGCCGCGGCGGUGGCAGCCCAGGGCUCAGUGUCCGACGGCGGGGAGGAUGGGGAUGAGAUGGAGGAGGAGGAGGAGGCGGCAGCACACUCGCCAGGAGCAGGCGGCGGCGCAUGGCAGCCGCGGGGGGCGCCGUCGCCGCUCAUCGGCGGGCUGAAGCAGUGCUUGCUGUCCUGCCUGUUCCGGGAGGCGCAGCACCAGUCGCUGGCGGUCGCCGCUGCGGCGGCAGAGGCAGCGUCUGAGGGUGGCAGGGCCGCGGGCGGCAGCCAGGCGCCAGGCGCAGGCAUGGUGCGGGGGCUGGCACGUGCCAGCGGCAGCACCGGCAACCUGCCGAGCGCCACAGCCGCGGCCGCACCGCCGCCGCAGCUCCAGCGCGUGGCUGGCAGCAGCGGCAACCUGGCCGGGCUGCAGGGCGCGGCCGCGCGGCAGCAUGGCGGCGGGGGCGGCCUGGGGCUGCUGCCUCACUGGCGCCGCCCUCUGGAUCGCUUCUACUACUACUUUGAGGCGCACCUGGAGCUGCUGAUGUGGAAGGCUCAGCUGCUAGAUGACCAGCGCCUGCUCAUCCACUGGUGCCCGCCUGAGAUGCUGGCGGGGCCGCACCGCCACCAGCACCACGGGCACGCCCCCUCCUCCUCCUCCGGCCAGCACGGCAGCUACCUCAUGCUGUACAACACCGCCGCCGCCUGCGUGGAGCACCUGUUUGUGGCGCACUCGCCAGAGCUGGCGGCCUGGUACCUGCAGCAGCCCGGCGCCUUCCACGGCGGCGGCUGCGGCUGCGGCUGCGGCACCGACUGGGAGCGAUGGGUGGCGCCGCCCGCCGCCUCCCGCGCCGCCCGCGAGCAGCAGCUGCGCGACCCGCUGGAGCUGCGGCACCGCCUGGCCGAGGAGGUGCCCGCCUCCAGCCAGCUGCGGCAGGCCACACCAUACCUAGACCCAGACCUGUACUGCUAUGACGAGCGAGCCAUCGGCGGCGCCAUCCGGCCCCACCACCCGCCCCACAGGCACCCCGAGCGCCUGCGCUUCCGUCUCGACCCGGAGCACCUGCAGCCCGUGGCGGCGCCGGCGGGCAGCCGCGCGGCUGCGGCGGCCGCGGCACGGGCCCACCUCACCUACCUCUUCCACCCCGUGCAGCCCUUCCUGCUGGUGGUCGUGCAGGACAUUGAGACCGCCAUGGCCGAGCGCCUCACCCUCUUCACCCGCCUGUAG